GCGCCGUGGUCGUGCACGAGCGCGUAUACGGCCGAGUGUCAAAUGACAGCUGUUGCGCAGCAGUGCCGAUUUUUCGUCGCGAUGAAAACGCCGGUUUGCACCUAGAUAACAAUUUUGAUGGUUAUUAAUUACUGUCUGUAACAACAUGAGACGAAUCGUGCUUGCCCUCUUGUUGGCUCUGUUCCUCGAUGACGCGACGUCGCUAGAAAAUACGACCAUCGAACUUGAUAAACAAGGAAUAGUACUAUCUUUACGGAAUUAUCAUGAGAACGAAGCGCUAAAACAAACAAUACAAUUAGCCCCGCUGAGUGAUUUAACUAUCACCGUAACAGAUAUUCCAACAGAUAUUUGGUUUAUUGUGUUACAAAUUCAUACAUUUCAAUACAAUGCCACGUUAGCUUACGACAAAGCGCAGCUCGAUAAAGUGUCGAACGGAAGUUUGUUUGGAUCGAAUAUUGGUCUGUACUUAAAAACGCAUAAUGUAUUAAAUCCCAUACAGGUAUUCUUAAAGCACGACAAUGUACAUCACCUCGAUGCGUUGCUCGUAAUUGUCACAUAUGGUCGACACGCGCCGAUACCGGGUGGAUGUAAUAUGGAAUUCGAUAUUGAGGUAGCGCCGUAUCAAAAGCUGAAUAUAGGAAACGGAAUUAUCAUAGUCGAUACGCAGCCGUCCUCGGCGCCCGCCACCAACAACUCGCCGUAUCUUUGCGAGAAAAGUCUGGUGCAGCACAAGAUGUACCGUCUUUAUUUGCCUAGACAGGAUUUCACACCGGAAACAUAUUUCGAUGCGAUCGCGAGCAUGUUGUUGGCGCGAGACAUUGUGCAAAACGCCGAUGAGGUACCUUCAAUGAGUCCUAUGAGACAUAUAUACAGCGCAUAUCCUGGUACAGGAUCUGUUUAUGCUGCAGUUGCCACUUACGGAAAUUACUCCUCGGCUUAUGUCCCGAGCUUUACGUACGCUUGCAGUCCCGAACUCUAUCCGGAAAGUUGUCAGAUGUUAAACGACUCGUUUGCGAAAGUGAUUUGCGCAGUAGUCUUCAUUGUAGGUUGUCUCUCAGUUCUUAGAGGACAUAAAUAUUCUUAUAUAGAUCGUUCAUUAUCAAACGGUACAAUAGGUGGUAUUAUCGGUUACAGUCUAGCAGUUGGUAUCGGCAAUCUUAGCACUGAGAUUAACAUUGCGAUAGGUUUGAUGUCGGCUUUUCUUGCUGCAGCGAUAUCAGGGAUGUUAUACGCUUGUAUAAAAUUGCACAAUCACAUUCCGUUAGGAAUUUUGUGCGCGUGCAUCACAUAUCUCUACGCUCCAGUAAGUAUGUUUUACGUUCUGGAAAGCGAUUGGAUGUUCUGGCCUAUGUUUAUAAUCUUCGUACUUACAAUCGCGGUGUUUCUUAACAUCAUGUCCCACGUUGCGGAAAUAUUUACACGCGCCGUUUUCGGAUCUUUUUUUGUGAUCGUCGCGAUCGAUUAUUAUACCGGAAGUAGUUUGAAAUACAUUAUUAUCACCUUGAUCAGAAGAUGCACCAUACCCGAAUUUUAUUUGGCUUACGUAUAUCCGCCCCAUCAAGGAGCAGAAAAAGCUCUGAUAAGCAUCUGGUUUGUGUUGAUGAUGAUACGGAUAUAUAUUCUUAUGCGAGGAUGCGGCAAUGGAAGUGUUGAUACGGAAAGAGAGACUUUGUUGCCCAACGUUAUGACACCAAAUGGAUCGCGUAUAAGAACCAUUCGACUAAGUCGACAACGUCAUCGAUAUUACUUGAUAAUGUAAAGUUAUUAAAGACACAAUUAUUUGUAUUGAUGCGUGUAAAUCGUUUAAUGAUUGUUUACCUCCAUUUUGUUCCAUGACAAGAUCAAGUUUUUGGUUUUUAUGUUUGUCUUAAUACACAAUGUUUUUUGUUAUUUCCUUUAUAAUCUAUAUAAUUAAUUUUUUAUACAUGAUACUUCUUUUAUAAUCUAGUUAUUUAAAUAUGUAAAAGUAAAGUAUAUGUAAUAAACGCGUCAUUGCAAAUACCGUCUCUCAGUAAUAUAGAAACUAGUGUAUCACUUUUGGCAUAGUUGAUAUACUAUUUAUAAUUUAUAUAAGUAUAUACUGUACAUGUAAUAAAGGAAAAUUUUUAUAUGA